AUGGAGGAUCCCAUUCAGCUGAAAGAGGAGGGCAAUAAGUAUUUUCAGGCCAGUGACUACGAGAAAGCCCUUCAAAGCUACACUCAAGCCAUAAAGCUCAACAAGGACAAGGCGCUGCAGGUGGUGCUGUACAGGAACAGGGCAGCCUGUUUCCUCAAAAAGGAGGAAUAUGCCAAGGCAGCCUCGGAUGCAUCUAGAGCUAUUGACAUCAAUGCUUCGGACAUCAAAGCCUUGUACCGUCGCAGCCAAGCCCUGGAGAAACUGGGCAAGUUAGACCAAGCAUUCAAAGAUGCUCAGAAAUGUGCCACCCUCGAACCCCGCAACAAAAACUUCCAGGAGACCCUCAGGAGACUGGGGGCCAACAUCCAGGAGAAGCUGCGCAUUCAGUUCUCCACAGACUCGAGGGUGCAGAAGAUGUUUGAGAUCCUGCUGGAUGAGAACAGCGACAAAGAAAAGCGAGAAAAGGCUGCAAACAACCUCAUAGUCCUGGGGCGGGAGGAAGCAGGUGCUGAGAGGAUUUUCCAGAAUAAUGGGGUCAACUUGCUGCUGCAGCUGAUAGAAACCAAAAAUCCUGAGCUGAUCCUGGCAGCCGUGAGGACACUUUCAGGAAUGUGCACAGGACAUAAGGCUCGGGCCACUGCCAUUCUCCAUUACCUGGGCAUCGACAGCAUUUGCAUGUGGAUGUCAGUGGACAAUGAAGAAAUCUCCCUGGCUGUCUGCAACCUCCUGCAGACCAUCACUGACUGCCUACUGGGCCAGGGGAAGGAGGAGCACCACGGCAAGGAGGAGGCUCUAGUGCUAGACACCAAGAAGGAUUUGAGGAUGAUCACGAUGCGUUUGCUGGAUAUGCUGGUCAGUAAGAAAGUGUCUGGGCAAGGGCGAGAUCGAGCCCUCAACCUCCUCAACAAGAACAUACCAAGGAAGGACCUGAAAGACCAUGACAACAGCAGGAGCAUCUUUGUCAUCGACAACGGCUUAAAAAAGAUACUGAAAGUGGUGGGCCAGAUUCCUGAGAUGCCUGACUGCCUGCCACUGACAGAGAACACCCAGCUGACUGCCUCUGUCCUCCUGAAUAAGCUCUACGAUGACCUGCGCUGCGACCCGGAGCGGGACAACUACCGGCUGAUCUGCGAGGAGUACAUCAAGAGCAAAAUUGACCCACAAGACAUGGAUAAGACACUCCAUGCUGUCCAGAUUGUGUCUGGUGUUCUGCAAGGUCCCUUUGACUUGGGCAACAAGCUGCUUGGCAUGAAGGGGGUGAUGGAGAUGAUGGUUGCCCUGUGUGGGUCUGAGAGGGAGAUUGACCAGCUGGUGGCUGUGGAAGCUCUUAUCCAUGCUUCCACCAAGCUGAGCCGAGCCACCUUCAUCAUCACCAACGGGGUGACACUCCUGAAGGAGAUCUACAAGAAGACCAAGAAUGAGAAGAUCAAAAUUCGAGCUCUGGUGGGUCUCUGCAAGCUGGGCUCAGCAGGAGGCACGGACUAUGGCCUGCGGCAGUUUGCUGAGGGCUCCACUGAGAAAUUAGCCAAGCAGUGCCGAAAGUGGUUGUGCAACACCAGCAUCGAUGCCCGCACCAGGAAAUGGGCUGUGGAAGGGCUCUCCUACCUCACCCUCGAUGCAGAUGUGAAAGAUGACUUCGUUGAAGAUGAGCCAGCCCUGAAAGCUAUGUUUGAAUUAGCCAAGGCAAGUGACAAAACAAUCUUGUAUUCUGUGGCUUCUGCACUGGUGAACUGUACCAACAGCUACGAUACCAAGGAGCUGGUCCCAGAGCUGGUGCAGCUGGCUAAAUUCUCCAAGCAGCACGUGCCUGAGGAGCAUCCAAAGGACAAGAAGGAUUUUGUGGUGAAGCGGGUGAAGCGGUUGCUGAAGGCUGGGGUUGUCUCUGCCUUGGCCUGCAUGGUGAAGGCUGACAGUGCCAUUUUGACUGACCAGAGCAAGGAGCUCAUUGCCAGGGUGUUCCUUGCCUUGUGUGAAGACCCCAAGGACCGCGGGACCAUUGUUGCUCAAGGUGGUGGGAAGGCCCUGAUACCUCUGGCUGUGGAAGGCACAGAUGUUGGCAAGAUAAAGGCUUCUCAUGCUCUGGCAAAAAUUGCUGCUAUCUCCAAUCCAGACAUUGCAUUCCCGGGAGAGAGGGUGUACGAGGUGGUGAGGCCCCUCGUCAGCCUGCUGAACACAGAGAGAGAUGGCCUCCAGAACUACGAGGCUCUGUUAGGUCUCACAAACUUUUCAGGAAGAAGUGAUAAACUUAGGUUGAAGAUAAUCAAAGAGAAGGCCCUGCCAGAUAUCGAAAACUACAUGUUUGAGAAUCAUGACCAACUUCGACAGGCAGCCACUGAGUGCAUGUGCAACUUGGUGGUCAACAAGGAGGUUCAGGAGCGGUUUGUGGCUGAUGGCAAUGACCGGCUGAAGUUGGUGGUGUUGCUGUGUGGUGAGGAUGAUGAGAAGGUUCAGGUUGCAGCAGCAGGAGCCCUGGCCAUGCUGACAGCAGCACAAAAGAAACUCUGCUCGAAGAUGACUCAAGUGACCACCCAGUGGCUUGAAAUCCUGCAGAGGCUCUGCUUGCAUGACAACAUGGAGGUCCAGCACCGAGGACUGGUCAUUGCCUUCAACUUAAUCUGCUCUGACAAAGAGCUGGCCAAGAAGCUGGUGGAGUCAGAGCUCCUGGAGAUCCUGACCUACGUGGGGAAGCAGGAGGAUCACCCCAAGAAGCAGCACAUCAUAAAUGUGGCACGUGAUUGCCUCACCAAGUGCAUGGAUUACGAGCUGAUCAAACCUCUCUCUCGGGCGUGA